UCAGGCAGGACUAACCCGAUGAGCUGCGAGGCCUGAGAAAGCAAAAAUAAUAAAACAAAUUAAGAAGGAAGAGGAAACAAGCUGGUGAAAAGAGGAUAUCUUAUUAAAUAUCUCUCCAGAACCACAGUAACAGGAUUACAACCACCAUGGUGACACUGGAUUUCAGGACACUGACAGUGCCUGUGGGCAUCGUGCGGAUACUGGAGCUGAUCCUCACCUGUAUCUCAUUCAGCCUGGUGGCUUCAGUGGGAAACAGGGCCGAGUCCUUCUGGACGUGGUGCAUGUUCACCUGGUGCUUGUGCUUCUGCGUCACCUUUCUCAUACUCUUCCUGGAGUUCUUCAGCCUCAGCUCUAAGUUGCCGAUCUCCUGGGAGGACUUCACUGCCGCUUUUGCCAUGUUGGCAACUCUAAUGGUGCUAGCAGCGUCCAUCAUCUAUCCCAGAUUCUACACUUGCCCCAGCUGCAGCAGACAGAUCGGUGCCACAGUCACUUCCUGUCUGGUCUUUAUCCUGUACGCCGUUGAAGUGGGGCUGACCCGAGCUAAACCCGGCGAGCUGAGUGGGUUCCUGUCCACAGUCCCGGGCCUCCUCAAGGUUCUGGAGGCCUUCGUGGCCUGCAUCAUCUUCAUCUGCUUGGACCACCCCCAGUACUCUAGCUAUCCAGGGCUCCAGUGGUGUGUCGCUGUCUACUCCAUUUGCUUCAUCUUUGCCCUCCUCGUCAUCAUUUUUACCGUCUGCCGCCUUCUGUCUCUCUUCCCCGCACCAUUUGACAAAGUCCUGACAGCAUGCAACGUGUUGGCGGUGUUGAUGUACCUCACAGCUGUGGUCAUCUGGCCGUUGUACAGCUUCCGGAACAAUCCCAGGCCGAGCUCUUGCAAGGCAGGUGUUCUCUGUCAGUGGGAUAAUUUAGUGGUUAUCUCCUUCAUGACCGCUUUUAACCUUGGUGCUUACAUUGCCGAUACUAUUUAUUCUUGUAGGCUGGUGUUUUUUGUUAGCAGAACAUAGGUUGCAAAACGCAUCAUAGUUCAGGUGUCAAAUGUCAACCAGAACUUAGAUAAAGCAGCUCUUUGAUAACUACUGUUAAAGAUUCACUGUAUUUUGUUCAUGAUAACCCUGACACUCUUUGUCAAUCUUAGUUUUUAUUUGUUGACUUCUAUUUAUUGAUGUCACAUUCUCUAAGGACAUGGAAUAACAGUCCUGUGUCUAGUUUUUAACAUUAAGAAGAUGUUAUCUCAAUCUAUUGUUAUACCCUUUUACUUGCAUUAUUCUCAAUUGACUCUUAUUAAUUCCGUUAUUUUUGAUACAGCAUUGAUAUGACAGUGAUAGUCUCAGUUGCAAACUCAUGUAGUGUAUAUCGUUGUAAAUUCCAGUGUUUGAAAUAGGAAUAAAAGUGUGAUUUGUGUCAUCAACACAAGUGUAACUAUUUCUUAACUGUUUCAGCACCUCAGUAACAAAUUAAAAACAUUCCUGGAUUUGGACUUGAAAAUGAGUAAUAUGUUUAAUGACUUAAUAAACUGUGUAAUGUUUAAACAGGCACAGUUGGCCCUCUCCUAUCCUUUUCUCAGGAUGUUUGCAAAGGUGUGCCAAAGUGUGUAUACCUUCCACAACUCCACUCAAACUUUGCUGCUUUUCGUACAAACAAACUUUUCUCUAUCAUGAUAUGUAGUCACUACUCUGUGUUGCCACAUUUAAUGAUGAAACGUCAAAAUAAAAAAAGUAGUGACGGUAAAUGUGUCAACAACGCAAGUGUAACUAUUUCUUAACUGUUUCAGCACCUCAGUAACAAAUGAAAAACAUUCCUGGAUUUGGACUUGUAAAUGAGUAAUAUGUUUAAUGACUUAAUAAACUGUGUAAUGUUUAAACAGGCACAGUUGCCCCUCUCCUAUCCUUUUCUAAGGAUGUUUGCAAAGGUGUGCCAAAGUGUGUAUACCUUCCACAACUCCACUCAA